ACGAAGAAGAAUACAGCAAGGAACGUUUUCUUGGUUCCCGUCACAGCACCGAAAAAAAGAAAGGCACGCAAGAAGAUUCUCUCUUCUGUCAUACACUUUCAGUCAAACCCUCCCGAUUCAUCACCUCCCCCUCUUGAAGCCUCUCUCUCUCUCUCUCUCUCUCUCUCUCUACCCCAAUUACUGCAGAGCUAGACAGGCUAGUGACCACUUCCUUCCCGCUACCGCUACCACUGACACCCCACCGUGCUCGGCGUCGCCUCCCACCACCAGCGGAACAAUGAAUUAAACAAAAGGAAACACCACUAGAUUAGACACCAUGGGUGCCUCGUUGUCGAACCUGACGGAAGUGUCCAACGGCGGAGGACCGGGUCUCGGAGACAUACCGGAGAGCUGUGUCGCCUGCGUGUUCCUCUACUUGACUCCGCCGGAGAUUUGCAACCUUGCAAGGCUCAACCGCGCCUUCCGUGGCGCCUCCGACUCCGAUUCCGUCUGGGAAUCGAAGCUUCCACCCAACUACCAGGAUCUGCUCGACCUAAUGCCUCAUGAGCGGUACCAAAACCUCUUCAAAAAGGACAUCUUUGCCCUUUUCUCUCGCUCCGUACCUUUCGAUGAUGGCAAUAAGGAAGUAUGGUUUGAUAGGGUUACUGGAAGAGUUUGCAUGUCAAUCUCAGUAAAGGCUAUGACAAUAACCGGGAUCGAAGACCGCAGAUACUGGAAUUGGGUUCCUACUGAAGAAUCUAGGUUCCAUGUUGUGGCCUAUUUGCAGCAAAUAUGGUGGUUUGAAGUAGAUGGGAUGGUUAAGUUCCCUUUUCCUCCUGAUAUAUAUACUCUGUCAUGCAGGAUUCACCUUGGAAGAUUUUCCAAAAGGCUUGGACGACGUGUUUGUAAUUUUGACCAUACCCAUGGCUGGGAUAUAAAGCCAGUACGAUUUGAGAUGUCUACUUCAGAUGGUCAGCAAGCAUCAAGCGAAUGCUGUUUAGGCGAGACUGAACAUGAUGAUUCAAAUGGAGACCAAAAGCGCGGAUGUUGGAUAGAGUACAAGGUUGGUGAGUUCAUUGUCAAUGAAUCAAAUCCAGCAACUGAGGUGAGAUUUUCAAUGAAACAGAUUGAUUGUACACACUCCAAAGGUGGUCUUUGUGUGGAUUCUGUAUCUAUCAUCCCCAGCAAUUUGAAAGAGCGGAGAGGAAGAGGGGUUUUGAAAUAA